CGGAAUUUCUCUUAGCUCCGUGAAACGCCUGACCGAACAACAUUGGUUCUUUCCAGGCCAGGAGCUAAAAGAAAUUCCGCUUGGUUAUUCAGAUAAAUUAAAAUUUAAUUUAUCUGAACACACGUUGGUGUUGUCAAGUCUCAACGCCAUCGUGAGUUCUCAAUGGAUCAAAGAAAUCAUGAAACAUGUGAAUGACUCGAACGGGGCGCGGUAGGCCGUCGUCCUGAUUCGUUGACAAAAUGAUGGGUUGUUUUUGGUGUUGUUUCAACCAGAAACGAACCAACAGGAAGAAAGGCAUUCGUGAUUUUAAAGAAUCAAGGCAAGACUCGUUCCCCGGGUUUUCUCGUGGAAAUGAUAGCUUUAGAAGAAGUUAUAUAAGGGAUGAGAUAGCCAAGUACGGAAAAAGGGAAAUUUCUUCGCAAUAUUUCACAUACGAGGAGUUGUCCGCUGCCACCAAGAACUUCAGUUACAACUUUUUGAUUGGGGAAGGCGGUUUCGGGAGGGUCUACAAAGGACACAUUGCCAACAAAAACACCGACAUUGCUGUAAAGAAACUCGAUAGAAAUGGAUACCAAGGCAACCGGGAGUUUUUGGUGGAGGUUUUGUUGUUGAGCCUUCUUCAUCACACGAAUCUUGUCAAUUUGCUCGGAUAUUGCUCCGAUGGUGAACAACGGAUCUUAGUUUACAAGUAUAUGUCUAACGGCUCUCUGGAAGAUCACCUCUUCAAUUGGAGAGUCGGAGAGCUAAAGCCGCUAGAAUGGGACAUAAGAAUCAAGAUUGCAACGGGAGCAGCACGAGGCCUGGAAUACUUGCAUAAAAAGGCCGAUCCUCCGGUGAUCUAUCGUGAUUUAAAAGCUUCAAAUAUUCUACUAGAUGAAGAGUGGAAUCCAAGGCUUUCUGAUUUUGGAUUAGCCAAAUUAGCUCCAACGGGCGAGCAAACUCAUAUAACAACCAAGGUGAUGGGAACUUACGGGUAUUGUGCACCGGAAUAUGCAUUGACUGGUCGAUUGACUCGAAAAUCCGAUGUCUAUAGCUUUGGAGUGGUGUUUUUGGAGAUAAUCACGGGAAGGCGAGUCAUCGAGUGUUCAGGACCAAGCGAAGAGCAAAAUUUGAUUGCUUGGGCAGCACCAUUGUUUAAAGACCGAAGAAAGUUCCAUUUGAUGGCGGAUACUUCGCUUGAAGGGAGAUAUCCGAUGAAAGGGCUCUAUCAAGCAUUAGCCGUAACAGCAAUGUGUCUUCAAGAAGAUGCCUCAAAACGACCCGUCAUGAGUCAGGUGGUCUCCGCUCUCGAGUACUUAACUUCGGGACAAAAUGAAGAACAACCAAUGGGAGAUGGUGAUAGUAGUUCCGAGGAGUGAAGGCUACUAGAAAAACAAGUAGCGAUGGACAAAACCGUCGCUACUCUUCAACGCCAGAUCUGGAGUUGUUUUUGCUAGUUAGCAACAGAAUAGCGAUGGAUUUUUUUAGAAUAGCAAAGGAUUUUCCGUCGCUAAGUAGUUGAAGGACCUGGUGUAGGAAACAAGCUGUACAAACAUGUAAAUUCGAAGUUCCCGU